GGGUUGCCACGCGCGCGCGCGCACACACACACACACACAGACACACACACACACACACACACACACACACACACACGCACACACUCGGCUCCCUGCGGCGCUCACGCACGCAGCGCCCCGGGCAGAUCCGCGCCGCCGCCGCCUCCCAGACCCCGGACGCCGGAGGGCCCGGACCCCGGCGCGGCUGAUGCGCCCGCGCCCGCCCCGCAGCCCCGCGAGGCCCGCGGGGCCCCUCCCGCCGCCGCCGCCGCCGCGCCCGCCGCCCUCGGAGACGCGGGCCGGUCGCCCGCCGCCGCCGCGCCGCCUCCCGGCCGCCCCCGAGGCCGCCGCGCCGCGCGCCGAGCCGCCCGGAGGCCGCGCCCCGCUCCCGCGCCCCGGGGGCUGAGGCCGCGAACUUGGACCGGCCGCCGCCCGCAGCGCCCCGCCGCCCCUGCGCGCCCGGGGCCCCGGCGCUCGGACCCGCGGGCCCGGGGCCGCCCCGCCCGCCGCUGCACCUGCCCGGCCCCUCCCCGCCCGCGGGGCCUCCGGAGACGCCGGCGCUUCGCAAACUUUCCCGCACCCCCCGGGGGGGCCGAGCAGCCGAACCCGGGGAAGCAGGUCCCGCCGGGCGCGCGCCAACCCGCGGGCUCCUAGCGGGGCGCCGCCGCCCGGCAGCCGGACCCCGAGGGGCGCGGGCCCCGGAGGCCGCCCGCCGGCCAGCGCCCCGCCCCCGCCCCUGCUCCCCCUGCGGGCGCGGGGCGCGGGGGGCGGCGGCCGCGCCGUGCCCGGGGGCGCCGCGGUGCAUGGCCCUGCGCGGCGGGGCGGGCUGCCUGGGCCGGCUCUGGCGCGGGGUGUCGGGGCUCCCGGGCGCCUGGCCGCGGCGCUCCAGCAGCCUCCUGUGCCUGGCCGCCUUCGCGCCCGCGCCCGCGCCCCUGCCCCGCCGGCCGCCCCGCGGCGGUGGCCCCGGCGGCCCCGGCGGAGGGGGGCGCCCCCGGCCUCCCCGCCCCCCGCCUCCCCGCCGCCGCCGCCGCCGCUGCUGCGGCCGCCGCCGCCGCUUACAACUUGGACUCGGAGGCGGCGGCGGCGGAGGCGGCGGCCGGGCGCUGCAGAGGGACGCGCGCGGCGGCGGCGAGGCUGCGGGACAUGCCCCCCGCGCCGGCGCCCUGCUGGCGGCCAUGAAGAGGCAGAACGUGCGGACCCUGGCCCUCAUCGCCUGCACCUUCACCUACCUGCUGGUGGGCGCCGCCGUCUUCGACGCGCUGGAGUCGGACCACGAGAUGCGCGAGGAGGAGAAACUCCGGGCGGAGGAGGCGCGCCUGCGGGGCAAGUACAACAUGAGCGGCGAGGACUACCGGCAGCUGGAGCAGGUCAUCCUGCAGGCCGAGCCGCACCGCGCCGGCGUGCAGUGGCGCUUCGCCGGCUCCUUCUACUUUGCCAUCACGGUCAUCACCACCAUCGGUUACGGGCACGCGGCCCCCGGCACGGAUGCCGGCAAGGCCUUCUGCAUGUUCUACGCGGUGCUGGGCAUCCCGCUGACGCUGGUCAUGUUCCAGAGCCUGGGCGAGCGCAUGAACACCUUCGUGCGGUACCUGCUGAAGCGCAUCAAGAAGUGCUGCGGUAUGCGGCACACGGACGUGUCCAUGGAGAACAUGGUGACCGUGGGCUUCUUCUCCUGCAUGGGCACGCUGUGCAUCGGCGCGGCCGCCUUCUCGCAGUGCGAGGACUGGAGCUUCUUCCACGCCUACUACUACUGCUUCAUCACGCUCACCACCAUCGGCUUCGGCGACUACGUGGCGCUGCAGACCAAGGGCGCGCUGCAGCGCAAGCCGCUCUACGUGGCCUUCAGCUUCAUGUACAUCCUGGUGGGGCUCACGGUCAUCGGCGCCUUCCUCAACCUGGUGGUGCUGCGCUUCCUCACCAUGAACAGCGAGGACGAGCGGCGGGACGCCGAGGAGCGGGCCUCCCUGGCCGGCGCCCGGAACAGCCUGGCGCUGCGCCUGCCCGGGGAGGCGCCGCGGGGCCGGGCGCGGGGCGGCAAGGCGGACGGGGACCUGCAGUCCGUGUGCUCCUGCUCCUGCUACCGGCCUCCGGGCCGGGCGGGCGGCCGCCCCGCCGCCGGCCACCAGAACUCGCUGGGCCUGGGCGGCCAGCUGGGCCCGCAGUACUUCCACUCCGUGUCCUACCGCAUCGAGGAGAUCUCGCCCAGCACGCUGCGCAACAGCUUCUUCCCGUCGCCCACCAGCUCCGUGUCGCCGGGGCCGCACAGCCUCACGGACGUGCACCGGCUCAUGCGCCGGCGGAGGUCCGUCUAGGGGGGCGGGCGGGGCGGGCCGCGGCCGAAACCGGCGCCCGGCGCCCGUCACAUUCCACCGGCCCCGCCCGCCCGUCCUGCUCCGGGUUACCUUCUGUUUCUGUUGAUGUCGGAGAGGAAGGGGGAGAGCGAGAGAUGGAGAGAUCCGUGAUGAGGAGAAUCAUGGACCGGCUGCCUCCUGCACGCCCCCCUGGGGACACACCCGGGCUGUGCCCUGACCGGGGAUCGCACCGUGACCUCCCGGCCCCUGAGCCGCACAGGCCGGGCCCCCUGGUCCUUAUUUAUUAGCUGUUCUCGGCCGGAGUCAUACUGUCAUCGUCAUACGUCCUGUCCUUCCUUCCGUCUCGGUUUCCUUCCCCGCCCCCGCCCCUUCCAGCCGGAUGGAGCUGCCCAGUCCUCCUCUGAAACAGCAUCUGAGCAUGAGCAUGGGCUUCCCCCGCCUCCUGACCAGCAGCAUAUGCCUUACAUCCCCCGGCGGCCCCCGCGGGCGGCCCACCCAGGACGGUGACACCGAGACCACGAGACCGAGCGGAGGGUGCCCGGCCCAGAGCUGCACCCACCACAGCCUCGGCGCCCACCUUAGGGCGUCCGCCAGGGCGCCACUCUUCCCCCCCGGGGGCGGGUGGCUGUGCGUGUGCGUGCGUGUGCCUGUGUGUGCGUGUGUGCCUGUGUGUGUGCC